AUGUUGCCUGCCAUAUUAGCUGAAUAUGAUGAUAUCAUCCUUGCAGGGGAUAUCAAUGUUAAUUUGCUUUUAGUUUGUAACAACUUGACUAAAUGCCUUGAUUCUUAUAAUCUGAAACUGGUGAUAUCUGAACCGACUAGGAUAACUGAAUCGACACUCACUCUUUUAGAUCCUAUUUAUUUGAGCAAGCCUGAAAGUUGUCUUAGGAUGAACCAGAGUACUGCACUACAAGAAAAUGUGACCGCUGCGGCUAUCAAGAUCAUCAUGGUUAUAUUUUUUCAUCUACUACUAUUUACUGGUUGAAUGGGGUGGAAUCUUAAGAAGAAAUUGCCAAACAAGAAUUCAUUUUUUGAAUAUUUUCUAUAAAUGUAUAGAGUAUAAUAUCGGAUGUUAUAAGUGUAUAAAUAAAUUGUGUAAAUUUUU